AUGACUGGAUUCCGCCGCGGCGAUAGCUACUUUUUGAACAGGUGCGACCUAGCGAAUAUACUUUACGAGUAUGCAAGAGACAUUGGAGUCGAGGUGCGAUUCAAUGCUAAAGUCACCGACUAUUGGGAGACAGAUUCUAAUACUAGUAUAAUUGUUGAUAGUAGUAAAGUGGCCGCAGACUGUGUCAUUGCUAGCGACGGCCUCUAUAGUAAGGCCAGAGGUUUUGUGACAGGCAGCGAUCCGGCACCUGUGUCCUUAGGCUACGCGGCUUUUCGGGCUUACUUUGACGUUAGCGAGAUCCUCUCAGACCCUACAGCACAUUGGCUCCUCAAAGGCGCUGGUAAAACGAGAUCACUAUGUGUACCGUCAAACGGGGAAAGGCUAUUAUAUAGAUCUUUACUUACCCUGAUCCCGACGGCGACGCUCCCUUGCCGGGACAAGAUUGCCCCUAUUAUACGGUAUACGCUAGCUAAGAAGGCGAUCAAUUUUCCUAUUCUCAUAAGACCCCCCUUAGAUACCUGGCUGUCGCCGCUAGGUUGUAUCAUUCUGACCGAAGAUACUGCUGUGCUAGCUAUUACUUUAGAGUUAGCCACAAAGGACAACGUGCCUCUCGGGCUCAAAAUUGCAGAAAAAAUAAGAGGAAAGGAGAACCACGAUUCGUGGCAUCGUCCUGACUGGGAAGCAAUCAAGAAAAAUCCAAACUUAAUCAAAACUCCUCGACCCACCUAG